AUGUCCUCUAAUAUAGGUUCCACAAAGGAUUCCCCGAGAAAUUUAAAGGCUCGCGACAUAAGUGUGUAUUUUUCAGGCAUCGAUGGGCCGAGCGGGACCAUUGCUCAAGCUCAUGUACUCAGGGAUAGCCGCAUAAUAUUUAACUCAUCCGAAAGGUGGGUGGACGGAUCACAGUCUGAAUCAUUCGACAUAGUGACAGUGCACGAGAUCGGGCAUGCGCUCGGUCUUGGUCAAUCCAAUGUUCCUGGGGCUGUGAUGUAUUAUGACUAUGGUGAUUAUGGUGCUGUGAGGAGAAACUUAACCCCUGAUGACAUCAACGAAAUCAAACAUUUGUAUAAUCACCAUAAUCAUACAAAUGGUUGA